AUGGGCUUGCCGAGGCAGCUGCUGCCCGAGAUUUUUAAAAUUAAAGCGAGGAGCAAGAAGAAACCUGUCACAGAUUUAAAGAUUGUCGUCGUGGGCGAUGUCAAUGUUGGAAAAACACGGCUGAUCUGUUCCAGAGCGUAUCGAAAGACCUACUCGCUGGAUAAAAUUCGCACUCCUGCUCAUGCUUCAUCAGUCUGGGCAAUCGAUCAGUAUCGACAAGAUUCCGCUGUGCUCUUCAAUUCAUAUACGAAGGUUGAUAAUGUUCUUGUAAGCCACCGACUUUGGGAUACAUUUGGCGCCCAUGAUCGCGACCGCAGAUUCGCGUUUGGGCACGCGGAUGUUGUUCUUUUGUGCUUUUCCAUUGCGUCAGAGAACUCGCUGCGCAACAUCAAGGCGCCGCUUUAG